GAGGCAGAAUGACAAGACAUUAACAGGAUGGGACUGAGAUUGACGCGCUGGAUUGACUGAUGCCUUUUAAUGACUGUGACCAUGUUGAUAAGACAGACAAUGGUAAUCAACACAUGCAGUCGGAAUGAAAGAAGAAGCUCUAACUGGAUUCAUAAUUUCUUCCACUGUGCUCGGCCUUUCUGUCGCUUUGUGUCUGAAAGAAUAACGCUCCACUGGAUAAAGACUUAAUUGGAUCCAAACCGACAUCCAGAACAAUAAACAACCAGAAUAAAUACAAAUGUAGAAAUGCUGGGAAAAGAGUGGGAGAGGAAAUGAGCUAAGAACAGUAACCCUGUGGACAUAAAAACUGGACAUAUUUUUUCAGUACUUUUCUUUUCGAAAUCUGGUUGGGAUAUUUCAAUUUGCGAUAAUGCUCUUUACAUUGCUUUUAUCACAUUGAGCUUUGGACAAGCUUAUUUUGUUGAACAGAAGGAUUAUGCUUGAGUAUUUUUACAUUAAACGAAAAGCAAAAAUUGGAAUUUUACAUUUCUAUUUUUUUUUUGCCAUGUUCCUCCCAAAGCUAGAUGCCCUGCUUCCUGCACAUUCUGAUGUUUUUUAAGCAAUUUUUUUGUGAAUUAGUAAAUCUGACAAAUUCACAAUUCACUCUUCAAACUUCUACCGUUCAUCCCAACAACCCCUCCCACCGUCAGCAAUCCGGCCAAUCAUGGGAAAGCCUCUAAGCCGUCCUGGGUGUUUCAGGAAGAGCUCCUGCUGCCUGGAAAAACAUGGAGCUGGGGAUGGGGGAGUGGGAGGGCGGGCUGCGACAGUGGACGGGGGUUAUGGAGAUGGCUACGUACCCCAAAGAUCCAUCUACGAUACCAUGUGCAUCAAUCAGCAGAUUGACAGCCAUCACCAUCACUCUGGAGGAUCCAUAAGGAGAGAUGGUGGAAAUGAAGGGAGUUUUAGCUACUCUGCAAGUGGCUCUCUGAGGGUGAGCAGGUCUCCGGCUGACAUGUUUGAUUCCCAGCCCCGCUCUCUAACUCCCAACCCCUCAUUUGUUCGGCGACUGGAUGAAAGAGCCAUCUUUGAUUCAUUGAAGCUCGGUGGUCAGGAUGUCGAUGGUGUCGGCUGCCAUUCGCCAGGAUGUUUCAACCGAUCAGUUUCUCCUUCAAUGUCAUCUUUUUCAGCACCCGGAGUGUCCUCUUCCUCAUCCAAAAAGCACCACCAUCACCCCCACCAUCACCAUGGAGACAGUGCAAAGAGUAGAGAUGGCCGACAUUCCUGGAAAGUCAUGACACCUCCAACACAGAUGGAGUGUAUGGAGUAUACUACAACUGAGAUGAUGGACAGAGGAGGUGGGUAUCUAAACCCAGGGCAAUACCCUCCCCCUGGGGGCCAGUCCUCUUCUCUUACUUCCCCCCUAAUUUCCCCCUUUUCCGGCUCACCUCUCUCCUCAGGUUACCAUACUCCAGUUUUCUUCUCCCCUGCCAAACCUCGACCCAGUCAGUCUCAGAGUUUGCGAUGUUCCCCUCCCCAUGUCAUCCAGCCGAGGCAUUACUCGCAAACACAGAGCCUCAGAAUGUCGCCACCUCUCGAGGUAAGACGAUCCCCCUACCGCGCCCCGUUGGUCCAACUAUCUGCUCAUGACCUCGAGCAGGAAAUGAGGGAUCGAGGAGGAGGAUGGAGAAAUGAGCGAGAAAGGGACUGGGAGCGGGAGAGAGAAAGGGAGAUGGAGCGAGGGUGGGCCCAAAGAGAGUGGGAACGAGAGAGGGAGAGGGGGAGACUGGAAAGGGAGAGGGCAAGAGAAAGGGAGAGGAGGGAAACAUCGUCCUUUGGGACCUUCGGGUAUGGUCGACCCGUACCUUUGCGUUCUGACAGAGACUCUGUGUUUUUAGAGCCUGACCAGGUUUUAGACACAACACCCCUGUUGCUUCCCCAGCCUUCACCUUCCCCUUCACCUUCCCCCAAUGCCCCCAGAAUGGGGACUGCCGCUGUGGGUAGGAAUAGAGCUGUGUCAAAAGUUGGAUCUGAAAGCAUAGGUGGGGUUAUGGUUUCAAAGUAUGACAAUGGGAGUGUGGGUUUGGUGUUAAUUGACAGCAAAUCUGGGUAUGGGCCGAGGUUAGUAAAUGAAGUUGGGAACAUGUCAGAGGCCGAAAUAAGGGCUGCAAUAAAAGAACACCAUAGAGCUGAAAGUUGGAACCAGGAUGACCACGGAUCCAGGGCUAGUGUUAAAAAUGGGUCUGAAAAAAGAAUGGGCUCCCAGGUGAAAACUAGACCAGGGGGACGGGAUCUAGAAGGAAAGGUUCAGUCUGGGGUAGGGAUCGAAAAUAUGGCUCCAACUGUAAACAAGGAGGGACACAAGGGAGGGACAAGGAGUGGAGAAAUAAAUGGAAGGGGUGGGGCUAAACAAGAACCUAUUGCUGAGUCUACACCAUCUGAGAACAGGUUUGAGCCUCGAAAUAAUGUUGAGCUGGUAGCUGAACCUGGUACAGGGAUGAAGCCAGAGAUCGAGGCAGAGGUUGAGGUUAGAGCUAUUUCAAGGCAAGUGGACAACUUGAUUGGUAAUGAAGUUGAGGGUGUAGCAACAGUUAAUAGUGAGGUUGGUUCACCAGAAGAGCCCAGAGUAGAAGCUGAAGUUAAACCAGAAGUUAAGAUGGCCCCAUCUGAGCCUGAGGCAGUACUACAGACUGGGGUUGGUAAGGAAACAGGGACUAAAAGUAACAUCGAGACUGGGGUUGCUUGUCAAACCCAGAGCAGCAACAAAAUUACAGAUAAAGCCCAGAUAAAUGUUGCUGCUGGGGAUAAAACGGAGAAUGCUCCUGAAGAGCAAGAUGAGAAAAAGCCCUUGGACAUUGAUAAAAUUGAAUCUAGCCAUGUAGAGAAAUGUUCCAGGUCACGCAAGUCCAAGUCCUCCAAAUCAACAUCUAGGACUCGACCUGGCACAGCAACAGGGAUCCGUCCAGGCGUGGUCAGCCCUUGCCUAAGCAGAGGGUUUCCGGACCUUGAGCAAACAAGCCCUGCUGAGGGCAUUGAGUCAACUUGGCCACGCCGAAUUAUUGUCAGAAAGAGGACUGUUCGGCAGGGUGGGGCACUCCACAAUCUCCCUAUUCUCCCCCCACUCCCCUCUGUCCUCUCAGCACUGGAGAAGAGGCAUCCGCAUGUUCACCUCCUCCCUCGUCCAGGACACUAUUCAGAGAAUCCGCUAACAACACUCAUGAAUGCUACAAGUAUCGUGGGACGAUGCUCACUUAAAGAGCCAUCCCACCAAGAUCCAGGACAGAGCGCCAGUUUGGUGGGCAGGGCUUCCCUGAAGGAGCAGAACUUGGAGCACUGGAGGGUCUGCAGAGAGCAAGAGGAACCCAAGAGGUCCAGAAGCAAGGAGAAACAAGCAGAGCUAAGCAAGGGUAAGACUGAGAUCGAGGAGAUGAAGGGAAAAGAAGAGAAGCGAGACAAGGAGAGGGGGGAAGAGAAAGACAAAAAGAAGGAGAAAGUGGGUAAGGAGAAAGAGAGGGUUCCUGUCAGUGUGGGGCUAGUAGAGGAAACCAAACGAGAAAAGUCAGAGAGAAGGGUUGAAGAGAAAGUGCCAGAAGAUUGGAACAUAAAGGAACGUGUGAUAAAGGAACGUGUGAAAAAGGAAAGAGAUAUAGAAAUAAUUUGUCUAAAAAAGGAGGAUAAGGGAAUGGAGACUAAAGAUGCAAUACAAGGGCAGCAUGGAAAAGAGUUCAAGCAGGUUGUGACAAAAUCAAAGAAAGAAGAAAGUGAGGUAAAGGGAGGAGAAGAAGAAGGAGGCCCUUUGCGAGAGGAAGAAGGUUGGGACACUGUCCUGGACAUGGUCAACACUUUGUGGGAGGAUGGCUGGGAGAAAGGAGGAGCGGGUGGAGGGGAUGAUACAGAUUCCUUUUCUGGCUCCCUUCCGCGUUGGCCUCUUCUUCGACCCCCGAUGGGUUUUGGGGGCUCUCACCCCCCCUCCUCUGCAGCUUCGGAGCUCAGCCUGACUGAAUUGGAGCGGAGAGCCAGGGAGCUGGACUCUGACCUGGAGCACCUAGACCUGUCCCAACCACACAGGGACACCCAGGAUGUAUACCAGCCACUGCUGGAGCCACAGAGGGAACGAGCUGACAUGUACCAAACACACCCAGGGCCGCAGAGAGAUAAAGCUGCUCUCAUGACAGGCACAGGGAGCAGAUCCCAUAUCAGUUUGGAGCUCACUGCUAUGGCUUCACAAACUACAGACACAGAAAGACCUUCUGACUGGUCAACUAAACCUGCUGGGACUUCCACUGUUGGUACAAGCUCCACUAAGGAGGACAGCUCUCCAGACUCCAACCUGACACUGGAGUCCGACUCCAGCGGCGUCUUCCUCUCCUUAUCCAAUCAGAGCCAGGAGGAGGCCGGCUCUGACAGCGACCAGCCAAUCAGUGGCUCUGACCUAGGCAGCAGCAGCACGUCACUGGAAAAGGACGGGGAGAAUGGAGGGUCAAAGGAAUGGGGGAGGGAGGAGAGUGCAGAGCUACAGUGGUGCUACCCUACACUAUUCAAUACAUCCUUGCAAGAAGACAUAGAAGGAGAUAGGGACCAAGAGGAAGCUGGGCAUGGAAAUAUGGGGACAUAUGAAAGGGGAGGGAAAGAUGAAAAUGUAAGAAGGGUUUGUAGGAUAGGCACGGUUUCAAUCAUGAAGACCCAUCUCAACUAUACAGACAACGAGGGCUCCACGACUUUUAUGGCCCCACAAAGUGAAGAAAUACCGCCCAGGAAAAGAGUGACCCUCAUGGGAGGUGACAUUCCUCUUCCUCUGUCUCCCUUAAAACAACCGAUCAAAACCUUUCUAGAUCCAAAUCAGAUGCCAAUAAGAAGCUCAGGACUGGACUGUGGUGACAUAGAUCCCUUUGUUCAAUCGGACAGCUUUGUUUACCUCGCUGUGUCUGCAAAACCCGCCUCCCAGGGGGAAGUCGCCACAAAGACAGAAGUUCCCACCCAUGGCAGUGUACAAAAGCGUUCAAAUAGCGUGAAAACACACUUUGACCAGUCAAAUACAGAAUGGCGGGCCAAGCCAACUCAACUUGGUCCACAAAAACCAGAGGAAGGAGACUUUCUGUGCACUGACAGCUUUGUGUACCUGGCUGCUCCGGCCUGCCACCUAUUGGGCCCCGCAGGAACUGCACCCUACAGCGGCAGGGAGUCCGACUCGGAGAGUUCAGGAUCUGGCCCUGGUGACAUGUCAGUUCUGGGUUGUGGCUCAGUGGCAGGGGACAGUGACUGGGACUCAGACCUGUCUGACUCCGAUCCCAGUCGCCCCCCCAGGAUCUCUUCUGCUGGAAACAGAGCUGCCGGCGCAUCACGAUCAAAGCUGCACGCUGAACCGGGCUGGGAUUUAUUCGGAGAUACCACAGAGCCUGAAGUGCUGAGUGAGCUUUUCACGGAACAGGAUAAAAACAACAAUGGUAAAGCAAGGAAGGUUACCGGGGUAACCAGCAGCCUGGAAGAUUCAACGACCAUUCCCAUGGCAACUCAGCGUGUCGCUUCGCCAGUGAAACGGUCGAUAACAGUGGAGCAGGCGUCAACAAAGGUGACAUGGCAGUUUAGACCUGCCCAGAGGUCAGUCUGCACAGGAAGUAGAAAAGAGAAAGAGAAGGAAAUGACGUCAUCGUCAUCAGUAAGGUUCACGGAACUGAGAGGAGAAGAGACCCAUAGAGGCUCCCCUUCAUCUUCAUCGUCUUCAUCAUCGUCACCAUCGUCAUCAUCUUCUGGUUGAUUUGUAAAGGGAAAUGAUUUUUUACCACCAAUUGGGAAGAGCUGUGUUGC